UCCCGCGACUGUCUCGCUCACUUCUGUAAGCUUCACGUCUGGCGGGAGCAAGUGCGCAAAAACUGUUGAAUGAAUGAAAGAAUGCAAGCCUGCGUACAUUGACUUUAUGGCCACCAUCCCUCGGGCCUUUUAUCUCCCCUCCCAUCUACAAACGCCGGCCGGGAGGUAUCCGGUGUGGCUCACUGCCCGCCCGGGAAGGAACAGCCGCCGGUCCCCACCGGGAGGCGCGUCUCCGUUGGGGCCGGAAAGCGCCCGGGGGCCGCGCCAAGGGGAGGUGCGGUGCGCCGCGUCGAGCGCCCACAGGGCGGCAGCAGGGCACACCCGGACCGACGGCGCGGGACAGACGGACGGACCGGCUGACGGCGCCCGACCGCCGCACGGAGCCGGCGCGCGGCCCAGCAGAACAGAGGAGGACCCCCCGGCCCAGGGCGGCGCGCAGGACGGCGGGGGCGGGACGGACCCGACGAGGAUCGCGCGGAGGAUGGCGGCUAGCCCAGAGAGCCUCUUCUCUUCCGGGGGCGACCUGGACUCCAGCCAGUUACAGAUGGAGCCCGAUGAGGUGGACACUCUGAGGGAGGGAGAGGACCCAGCUGAUCGGAUGCACCCCUUUCUGGCCAUCUAUGACCUUCAGCCUCUGAAAAUGCACCCCUUAGUGUUUGCCCCUGGGGUUCCUGUCAUCGCCCAAGUGGUGGGCACUGAAAGAUAUACCAGUGGAUCCAAGGUGGGAACCUGCACUCUGUAUUCUGUCCGCUUGACUCAUGGGGACUUUACCUGGACAACCAAGAAGAAGUUCCGGCAUUUCCAGGAGCUACACCGGGACCUCCUGAGACACAAAGUCUUGAUGAGUCUGCUCCCUCUGGCUCGCUUUGCUAUUCCCUAUCCUCCAGCCCGAGAGGCAGCCGACAGAGAGAUGCCCUCUCUACCCCGGGCAGGUCCUGAGGGCUCCACCAGACAUGCAUCCAGCAAACAGAAAUACUUGGAGAAUUACCUCAACCGCCUCCUGACCAUGUCUUUCUACCGCAACUACCAUGCCAUGACGGAGUUCCUGGAAGUCAGUCAGCUGUCCUUUAUUCCAGAGCUUGGAUCCAAAGGACUGGAAGGGGUGAUCCGGAAGCGCUCCGGUGGCCACCGUGUUCCUGGCUUUACCUGCUGUGGCCGAGACCAAGUUUGCUAUCGCUGGUCCAAGAGGUGGCUGGUGGUGAAGGACUCCUUCCUGCUCUACAUGUGCCUCGAGACAGGCACCAUCUCGUUUGUUCAGCUCUUCGACCCUGGCUUCGGCGUGCAGGUGGGGAAAAGGAGCACAGAGACACGGUAUGGAGUCCGGAUCGACACCUCCCACAGGUCCCUAAUUCUCAAGUGCAGCAGCUACCGGCAGGCCCGGUGGUGGGGCCAGGAAAUCACUGAGCUGGCCCAGGGCCCGGGCAGAGACUUCCUGCAGCUGCACCGGCAUGAAAGCUACGCUCCACCCCGGCCUGGGACUUUGGCUCGGUGGUUUGUGAAUGGGGCAGGUUACUUUGCCGCUGUGGCAGAUGCCAUCCUGCGAGCUCAAGAGGAGAUUUUCAUCACAGACUGGUGGUUGAGUCCUGAGAUUUACCUGAAGCGUCCAGCCCAUUCAGAUGACUGGAGAUUGGAUGUUAUGCUCAAGAAAAAGGCGGAGGAGGGUGUCCGUGUGUCCGUCCUACUGUUUAAGGAAGUGGAGCUGGCCUUGAGCAUCAACAGUGGCUAUAGCAAAAGGGCUCUGAUGCUGCUGCACCCCAACAUAAAGGUGAUGCGUCACCCAGACCAUGUGACAUUGUGGGCCCAUCAUGAGAAGCUACUGGUGGUGGACCAAGCUGUGGCCUUCUUGGGAGGGCUGGAUCUCGCCUAUGGCCGCUGGGAUGACCUGCACUACCGACUGACUGACCUGGGAGACUCCUCCGAAUCAGCUGCCCCAGAGCCUCCCAACCCGUGCUCAGACUCUACAGCCACCCCAGAUUUCUCUCACAACCAACUCUUCUGGCUGGGCAAGGACUACAGCAAUCUUAUCACUAAGGACUGGGUACAGCUGGACCGGCCUUUUGAUGAUUUCAUUGACAGGGCGACCACAGCCCGGAUGCCAUGGCGGGAUGUUGGAGUGGUUGUCCACGGCCCACCUGCCCGAGACCUGGCCCGGCACUUCAUCCAGCGUUGGAACUUCACCAAGACUACCAAGGCCAAGUACAAGACACCCAUGUAUCCUUACCUGCUGCCCAAGUCCACCAGCACUGCACACCAGCUCCCCUUCACACUCCCAGGGGGGCAGUGCGCCACCGUGCAGGUCUUGCGGUCAGUGGACCGCUGGUCAGCAGGGACUUUGGAGAACUCCAUCCUCAAUGCCUACCUGCACACCAUCAGGGAAAGCCAGCACUUCCUCUACAUUGAGAAUCAGUUCUUCAUUAGCUGCUCAGAUGGACGGACGGUUCUGAACAAGGUGGGCGAUGAGAUUGUGGACAGAAUCCUGAAGGCCCACAAGCAAGGGCAAUGCUUCCGAGUCUACGUGCUUCUGCCCCUGCUUCCCGGUUUUGAAGGUGACAUCUCCACAGGUGGUGGGAACUCCAUCCAGGCCAUUCUGCACUUCACUUACAGGACCCUGUGUCGAGGGGAAUAUUCAAUCCUACAUCGCCUCAAAGCAGCCAUGGGGACAGCGUGGCGGGACUAUAUAUCUAUCUGUGGGCUCCGCACACACGGAGAGCUGGGUGGGCACCCAGUCUCAGAGCUCAUCUAUAUCCACAGCAAGAUGCUCAUUGCUGACGACCGCACAGUCAUCAUCGGCUCUGCCAACAUCAAUGACCGGAGCCUGCUGGGGAAGCGGGACAGCGAGCUGGCCGUGCUGAUCGAGGACACGGAGAUGGAGCCGUCCCUCAUGGAUGGUGUGGAGUACCAGGCGGGCAGGUUUGCCUUGAGCUUGCGGAAGCACUGCUUCAGCGUGGUUCUCGGGGCGGAUGCCCGGCCAGACUUGGAUCUCCGAGACCCCAUCUGUGACGACUUCUUCCAGUUGUGGCAAGACACAGCUGAGAGCAAUGCCAAUAUUUAUGAGCAGAUCUUCCGCUGCCUGCCAUCCAAUGCCACACGCUCACUGCGGACACUCCGGGAGUACGUGGCUGUGGACCCCCUAGCCAUCGUCAGCCCUCCCUUGGCCCGGUCUGAGCUCACCCAGGUCAAGGGCCAUCUGGUGCACUUUCCCCUCAAGUUCCUGGAGGAUGAGUCUUUGUUGCCCCCACUGAGUAGCAAGGAAGGUGUGAUGCCCCUAGAAGUGUGGACAUAGCCGGGGCUCCAGCCAGAAGAGGUCACCAGCUCCAUGGUCUGGCUCCCUGCCCUGGAGGACUGAGGGCAGUGCCCUUUGAGACCCGUGCGAGCAGCAUCUCUGAAAGGGAUGGGAGAACGGACAGAGGACCCUUUCUUGAGAAUCAGCCAAAGAGGGCAUUCCCAGCCCCGGGCUUGGGUGGCAGGAGAGGGUCCCAGAAAAGUUCACCUUCCCUCCAGUCCAAUUCAAACCACUGCUACAGAGGAGACGCGAAACUCCUGCCAGGAUUCCUGGGGCAAGCCUUCCCAUCUCUCCCUUCCUCUGCCCCAGGGCCUCUCCCAGCCCAUUGCUGCCAAGGUGGAGAGAAGGAUGGAGCCACUCCUGGCUUCAGCCCCCACAGUGGGGAGUGUAGGAGCCGCACACUGACUCCCUCCACAUCCUGCUGCCAGACACUAACUUUGUAUCAGUUCAAUAAGCGUUUCAUAAAUAAAAGCAUGGGAAAAAUCCAUGCCUCUUCCUCAGUCGGAGUGAGUACUGUCUCAGCCACCCUCCCUGCCUACACAAAGCACCGGUUUCUUCACCCUGCCACCCCACUCCUUUCUUCUUCCUGCUGUCUCCAUUUCCACUGUACUUGUCUGCGGCUUUGGGAGCUCGGUUUCCUAGGUGCCGGGGAAGGUCACACUGCUGCCUGGGCAGAAGGAAAGCAGGAUGCCUGGAGAACAGUGGAGCUGGUGUUGCAGUUGCACGUGAGGGAGGUGCACAGAGAAGGGCUGGAGGAGCUGCCUCCUGUUCCUCAAGUGACAGCACAGGGAGAGGCUCAGGGAAGCCCCUUUCCAAGUGGUUAAGGGUAUAGGCUUUAGGUCAGGAAGAGCAGGGCCCAGAUCCUGGAGUGAUCACUUAGUACCAGGUGCCUUC